CAGAAUUACAAGGAAAAAGAAAAGAAAAUCUCACUAAAUAUCACGUGAGGCUUAUAAACGAAUUGGUCCAGCCCAGUACGUCUUAGCCCACUAAGUAUUUAAGAGAUCCGGCCCAGUUGGUUACCGGAUUCAUCAUCCCACUCUCAAAUACAGUUAAAUCAGUUUCACAUCCUCCAGAUUCAAAUCCGCCUCCCAACUCAAAAAUCAAAAAAAUCAGAAACCCAAAUUUAUUUAAAAACUUAAAUAAAUAAAAAGAAGAACAAAAUUAAAACACCAUUUAAUAAUAGUGUGACUCUCAAACCUCUCCAGAAAAACUACGAAAAUUUCUGCACUUCGCCGCUCACAAGUUUCGACAAAAUCUGUUGAUUCCACGUCCGAAUUUGCAGAACCCUUUUCGUUUUUCCUCCUUAUUUCACCUUUUACUCAUCUGAAUUCUUGGUUUUCGGUCUUCAAAGUUUCAAACUUUGAAGAAAAGUGAAGAGUUUUUGGUGGGAUUGUUAAAGAGUUUGGAGAAAUGGACGGAAACUACAACCCUCGGACGGUUGAAGAAGUUUUUAGAGACUUUAAGGGCCGACGGGCUGGCUUGAUUAAGGCCCUUACUGCUGAUGUGGAUGAUUUUUUCCAGCAAUGUGACCCGGAGAAGGAGAAUUUGUGUCUGUAUGGUUUCCCCAGCGAACAUUGGGCGGUCAAUUUACCCGCAGAGGAAGUACCUCCUGAGCUCCCCGAACCUGCUUUGGGUAUUAAUUUUGCAAGGGAUGGCAUGCAAGAAAAGGACUGGUUGUCCUUAGUAGCUGUGCACAGUGAUGCAUGGUUGCUUGCUGUUGCCUUCUACUUUGGUGCUAGGUUUGGAUUUGACAAAGCAGACAGGAAACGUCUUUUCAACAUGAUAAAUGACCUUCCUUCAGUAUUUGAAGUCGUGACUGGGGCUGUGAAGAAACAGCAAAAGGAUAAAUCCUUAACACCGAAUAACAGCAGUAAAUCCAAGCAAAAUUCUAAACCGCAGCGGGCAUCUGAAUCUCAAGGGAGGUAUACAAAACCACAGCCGAAGGAUGAUAACAACGGCUUAGAUGAAGAAGAGGAAGAGCAUGGUGACACCUUGUGCGGUGCCUGUGGUGAGAACUAUGCAUCAGACGAGUUCUGGAUAUGCUGUGAUAUAUGCGAAAAGUGGUUCCAUGGAAAAUGUGUAAAGAUCACCCCUGCCAAAGCUGAGCAUAUUAAGCAGUACAAGUGCCCAUCAUGCAGCAACAGCAAGAGAGUUCGCGCCUGAUGCCACCGCUUUUUUGAUUUAGUUUUGUAGUCUUACUGGUGACUGUCUCCCCAAGUGAUCAUGUUAAUCACCUCUUUUCAGAACUAACCUUGGAAUGCAUACUUGUUGAAGAACCUUUUAUUUUGGUAGUAACUAGUAAGGCCAUCAAAUAACCUUGUUUUAAUUUCAUUUUUUUUUUUUUGGUUAGAUGCAUAGGCAGUAGUCUGUUAAUUGGAACCAAGUAGUACAUUCUACUCGUACCUGUUUCUAUGUUCUUGACUUCUAAUCUUGUUUUUUUCUUGUCUUUUCUUUUCUGUUCUUCUUUUUCUAUAAUCACUGUUGGGAAGGAAACUAUUUCCAGCCCUUGAAUCUCUGGGGUUUUUACUUUUUAG